AUGGGGUACCAGCAGCCCGAGCCCGCUGCCCAGCCCGUCGCCGUCUGCACCGACAGCAGCCGUGCGAGAGAGCUGUACAAGUACUUCCAGCCGCCAAACACCGUCUCAGUCGCGCGCUCCGCCACCCCGGACACGGUCCUCACUGCGCAUUGCCAGCUCAUCGCCUGGCGAUUGGACAUCCAGCGCGCCAUCAUCAGCCUAAUUGACCGCGAGACGCAGUACUUUGUCGCCGAGAGCACCAAAACACUCGACCUCGCCAACAGCGAUGAAUCCGAGCAUCCGGACGAUGCAGUCUGGGCCGUUUGCAAGAGCGUACCCAAGCGAGGUCGCUUAUGCGAGCAGACGCUGGAGCAGACCCCAAGCUCUGAUGGCACGCCUGCGUGCUUUGAGGUGACAGAUCUGUCCAAAGAUGCCCAGUACAGUUCGUUGCCAUUCGUGGCGGGCGAGCCGCACUUCAGAUACUACGUGGGUGUGCCGUUGAGGACCAAGAAGGGCAUUGCAAUUGGCUCUCUCUUCGCCAUGGACAUCAAACCGCGUGAGCCGCUCAGUGCUUCUGCCAGGAAAUUUCUUACAAUCAUGGCAAGUAACGUAAUGGAGCAUCUCGAGCUCAUGAAGGAGAAGGAGGACCGGAAACGCGCCGUCAACAUGAACAUGUGCCUCGCAGCCUUCGUGGACCCCGAGCAUCCGCUUCGCAAACGCAAACGCCCAGUCAACCACCACAGGAACCGGAGUCUCAAGCAUACCACCUUCGCCGAGUACAAGGCCGCACGGAGUGUUAAGGGAGAGGAACAUAGCGAAUCCAUUGCGAGUCCGAAAUUACCCGGGACACCAAAAUCCACUAGGAGUAGCCGUCGAAGCAUUGGUUCCAGAAACGCAGAUCCCGCCAAUUCCAGUGACGAGUCCGAGACCGAGACGAGCUCCAGAGUUUGUGAUAAUGACCACCCGGAAACGUUUGAGCGGGCUUCGAAAGGCUUGAUGGAUUCCUUGUCGUUGAAAGGUGGUGGAGGUGUCGUUUUCAUGAGCACCACGGCAGGCCUUCGUCCCGAGGGUGCUCCCCAUCACUCGGUGAAUCCUUCCGUGGAUGAUUUGAAAGAAAGUGCUGCGCAGCAUCGCGUGUCAUUCGGCAGUCAUUUAACCGACCAUUCUAUGGAUAACGCACCGUCUUGGGGGGAUUCCAGCCAUUCCGUGGACAUCCUGGCCCAUACGGCUUCGCCCGCAAUACAUGAAGAUGACCAAGAUGGGAACCCGGAAGAAUUCACGCCACUUUCGCCUGAAGAUUUAGCAAAGAUGAUCCGGCGUCAUCCUCGAGGAAAACUCUACAGUUUUGGAGAUGAUGGUCUAAGCCAGGGCUCCUCAGGAGAAGAAUCACUCACGACAGAAUACUCGCCGACUUCGACCGGGACAAGACGGAGGCUGCCAUCGAGGAGCGAAGCCGUCAUUAUUGCCCGACACUUCCCAGGAGCUCGCCAGGUCAUUUUCGUUCCCCUCUGGGACGUCCAGAUUGAAUCAUGGGUCGCUUGCUUCGUUUACAACACCUCGGAUUUCCGGACUUUUGGCCACAACCCCGAUUUUCUCCACUGUAUAGCUUUCUGCAGCUGCGUUAUGACCGAAGUUGCCCGACUUGCGACUAUGGCUUCGGACCAGCAGAAGAGCGAUUUCAUCGGAUCCAUUUCGCACGAACUCCGCUCGCCCCUGCACGGCAUCUUGGCAUCCUGCGAAUUCCUGGAAGACACGGAAUGUUCUUCGUACCAGAAAUCACUGGUAUCGACAGCCGAUAGCUGUGCGCGGACACUUUUGGAUACCAUCAACAUGGUUCUGGACUACUCCAAGAUCAACUCGUUUGAAAGGAAUAUUCGGAAAGCAAGGAAAUCGCGCAAGGAUGGGGGUGCUCAAAAUGCGUUGCAUCCGAUAAUGCAGCAACCGACUCUCAACAUCUAUGACGCCGUGGACCUCGCAGCCAUAACGGAGGAAGUCGUUGCAGGCGUGGCGUUAGGCCACGUUUUCCGGGACAUCACAACCUUUGAGAAUGCGGAUGACAAACUCCAAGGGGCGCCCAAUCGGAACCUGGGUACACUGGAAGAUGGGGUAUCAUACAAGGCAACACGACCAGCUGUGGAGAUUAUCAUGAACAUCGAGGCGCGCAGGUGGGAUUUUAUUACGCAGCCAGGAGCUGUCCGGCGUAUUGUCAUGAACCUUUUCGGAAACGCAAUCAAAUACACCAGGAAUGGUUUCAUCCGGGUGAGCCUCAGCGCCAAGGAUAUCAAGGAUGCGCCAUCUCAAAACACCAACGGCGCUCAAGAUCUUCCCGCCACCAGUAUCGUUACCCUUACGAUAUCGGAUUCGGGGCAAGGUAUCUCACCUGAAUAUCUCAGGACCAAGCUCUUCACGCCCUUCGCGCAGGAGAAUCCCAUUAACCCAGGAACUGGGCUUGGUUUGUCUCUUGUGCGGUCCAUCGUUGAUAUGCUCAACGGCGAGAUCAACAUCAGAAGCGCGCUUGGCGUUGGUACCGACGUGGUGGUGACGCUACCAAUGGUCAAGGGUGGUGGUGGCAGCAGUAGCACCAACUCGACCACGACGCCAGCGUCAGUUCCCGCCUCGUCUGCGGGCACGGCGACCACCGGAACUAGUGGCACCAACCGACCCAUCCAGUCUUGUCUGAACUCCGUUAGGCUGGCCGCAUCCGGAAUGACGGCGGCGAUGUUCAGGCCACCAGAUUACGAGAAACUUACGAGCCCUCUUACCACCCGUGCGUUGGAACUCGAGAAGGCCUCGCUUGAAUGCUUCCUCAAGGACUGGUACGGCUUUUCGGAUGUCUUCAAUUGGUGUCCUGAGACUCAACCCGACCUCAUCACGGUCGACGAAGUUGACCUGCCGUAUCUUCUCGAGCUCUGCCCAUGCUUGAGGGGUAACUUGUCAAGUGGCCCUAUGCUCCUCGUCAUUCGCGCCGGUACUGGCAAAUGCUCUGCCACAGACGAACUGAUGAAGCACGUAAACCUGGAGUACUUGCCCAGGCCUGUUGGUCCAUACAAGCUAGCCAAGGCACUGCAGAACGUCAUGGACAAGCGAGCCAAAAAGAUCAGCCCUAGCAGCAUCGCGGAUUCUGUCGUCUCACCGGAGACCACGGAGGACAUUUUUGUUGAUGAGGUGGUGACUCGCGUCGAGCAAAUAACGUUGAAGACGAACCACAACGGCGCACCAGAAACCUUGAGCGUCCUCCAUCAAGGCGACAUCCUUGGUAACGACGAGAGCAUGAACGCCCACAUGGCCAUGGACACACUGCCUUCUCCCAACGCCAUCCCGCCGGUAGAGCUGAACGGAGAGUUCCCAUUCCCAGACCCAGCACCCGUACCACCCCGAGGCGACGGAACAACAUCUCCAUCCUUCGCCCCACCACCACCACCACAUGAAGAGCGACCCCACUUCGAGCAUAGCCGCACAAUGUCCUGGACACCGCAGGAAAGACUGCAGAAUGAAGCGCCCCCGGCCUCUCCUAUGAGCUCCCAAGGCGUCGCGGUGACGAGCAACGACAAGAACCACUCCUUGUCCGACCUCGUCCGCAAACCCUCACUCGCUCCCAGCCCUUUCGCUGACCCUGCCACGGUCACUACUGUCAUCAACAGACCCUCCUCCGUCGACACGGCCGGCACCGUCACGCCCAACCGCCACAAGAGCAUCAGCAGCCGCCGCAGCUCCAAGACGCCCACGCCUCACGGCCACCCCGGCGGCGGCGGCGCACGCACGCCGCGCCUGCUGCUCGUCGACGACAACGCCGUCAACCUGCGUCUACUUCAAACGUUCAUGCGCAAGCGCGCGUACACGGCCGUGCACUCGGCGGCGGAUGGCGCGGAGGCGGUGGCUGUGUUCGAGUCGCUGCUGUUCGGUAACGACAACACGAACACGAACACGAACGGUCAAAACGGCGACCACAAGUAUCAACACGUCCCCGCCCCACCCGACAUCAUCUUCAUGGACAUCAGCAUGCCCAUCAUGAACGGCUUCGAGGCGACCCGGCGCAUCCGCGCGCUGGAAGCGGAGUUUGCGGCGCAGUGCUCGUCGCAGCCGCACCUGCGCCCGCCGCCGAGCUUGAUCGUCGCGUUGACGGGGCUGGCGAGCGGUCGCGAUCAGAGCGAGGCGUUUACGAGUGGGUUUGAUCUAUAUAUGACCAAGCCCGUCAGCUUCCGCGAGGUGGGCCGGUUGCUGGAUAAUUGGGUUGCGAAUGGGGGCGUGGGAGAGGGGAGGGAGGGCGGCGCGGUCGUCGUGGUGCAGGAGGAUGGGGUGGGGCCCGUGGGGAUGGUGGCGGGGCAGGGGCAGCUGGGGAGGAAGGCGUCGGUGCCGUUUGGGCCGGUGGUGGGGGAGGUUUUGUGA